CAAUCCACUACAAAUUUCUCAUGUAUUUUAUUGUAUUGUUUGUACCGUCAAAACCUCUACAAAGCAGUAUUUAUCCUGGAUAUAUCAGUUGCCACAGUGACCGUUUUUACCAACGUCAUUGGCCGAGGCGGCGGUGCCCAUCUCGCGUCCACCCCCGCUUUCGUCCGACCAGAAAGCGACGUGGAUACAGAUCGCCCAGAAGGCAUGCCAAGAGACCGUGCAGAAUGCCAUGACGAUGGACGCGCGUCCAAUCGAUAGCGUCAUUACCAACCCUCGGACACGACGUCGAGCAAGGGUACGGAAGGGAGUUGAUGCAACCAACCCAAACCUCGAAGGGUUGACUGCAUACACCCAGCUGCGUGCGUCGUUGUCGGAAGUCGCGACGUUCUUCGACUGGGCACGUCUGUCGUCGUCCCAAGUCAAGGCGUACGCGAGGGUGUUAGGCGACGCAGUGCUCGAGCGACAGACGCUGUACCGACUUGUGGAUCGCCCCUCUGCGUCCACAACUCGCGGCGGUAAGGUGGAGCACAGUAUCAGCGUGGAAUGGGCCGUGUUGGCGGCCCCGCUGGGCUUUGCGGCGCGCGAUGUCGUGUACUUGGACUGCCAGGACGAGUUUAUCUUCUGCGAGGAAGCAUCUGGACGGCAGAGACGCGGAUGGAUUCGCGCGAUUCAUUCCGUGGACGUUCCAGGGUACGGCGACUUGUGGGCCAGCCAUCGGAUCCGCCGCACGCAUGUGUUUCGGUCGGGUCAUGUGUUUGUGGAAAGCGCGCAAGAACAAGGGAUCUUGGACUACUACCAUGUGCUGGUGGCGGUGGCACCGGCGCUGCGCAUGCCCAAGGUAGUGCAACUGAAGAUAAUGAAGCAGCAUGUGACGCAGAUGUUGCACCUCGAAGAGCACUUGAUGGUGCAUCGCAUGCUGCUCGUGCUCGAUCGGAACCACCCCCCCGCACCUUCCUCGUCUAUCUGUGGUCUGUGUGACGCCAAGUUUGGUUUCUUCAUCCCGCGUCAUGGAGUUUGUCGGUCGUGUCGACAGGUCGUGUGCAAACCAUGUAGUCAAGUAUGGCGCAGUGGCGAUACGGUAGACGGUACAAUCAUGUUGUGUCUGGCAUGUGCCGACACUUUGCUCGACGACGACCGGCCAAGGGGGGGUCCUGUGGUCGCGUCCGGCAGUCCACCGAUCAUGGGAAGGACAACGCAGCAACAAGAACGACAGGACAGGACGGAGACGCGGUCGCGCGAAGGAACGUUUACGUUUCUCAGCUCCACGCGGUCGAUGCGGCAUACUGUCUUGGACACAUGUGCCAUCGAGGACGUCACGGCCAUGACAAAGGACUGGAAAGCCGUCGGGGCCGCCACCAAGCGCUCGUGUCAUGGAACUGACGCGGCGGUAGAUCGUCCUUGCCAAGCUGCUCGUGCCAUCGACCCACGGGACCUGAAUGACGCGUUGGACGACGUCGUGCGGUUCAUGGUGGCGCUGCAACGUGGGGGUGAUUUUCCGGAUAAUGAACGCGCCACUACCGGAUAACCGAGCGAUCGAUAUUAUUUAUUUGCCUCCAUAACUAAUAUAACGUUAAUUGGGAAAAAUACUAUCAUUUUUAAAAUCCCAAGCAUUUAUCAGACCCAUCGCUUGGCUUUCUUGGCAUGGCGCUGCAUGGGCGGCGCCACCGCCACAUGGACAAACGGCGCGGUAUCUUGCUGCAAAGUGCGCAGGGCCGCGAGCGCGUGCUUGGCGGAUCCGAACUGUACCCACGCGUUGAAGAAGGGCGACUUUGAGCAAGCGAUGUCGUCGCUAGUACUGUCAAUGGUGGUGGGGGGGGGACUACAAGUAUUACUACUAGUAGUACUAGUAGUAC